AUGGCGGCAUCGGUGGCCUGCGCCUUCUUCUUCGACGCCGAGCCGGUCGGCGAGCCCGGCAUGCCGGCGCUGGACGCUUGCGCGCUCUGCGCCAAGUUGCUGGCGCGCGACAGCGACGUCUUCAUGUACAGAGGGGACACGCCCUAUGCAGCGAGGAGUGCCGCCACGAGCAGAUGCACCUCGACGCCGUCUGCGCCAGGCAGGCAUCCCGGCGGCAGCAGCGGUUCACGGCGGAGGCGGAGUGCCACCGUGGGCAGCGGCAGUCCAGGAAGGUGUCCAUCGCGAGCUAGCCGGCCGGCCGCGGAAAGUAUUGUUUGGAUCCACAAGAUCUGA